AUGGGGAUUACAUUUGAGAGGGGCGUCGUGACAGGUAUGAGCAUGCAGGUGUUUGUGGAUGCCGACUAUGCAAGCAAGGCGGCAGACCGGAGGUCCGUGUCUGGGGGGCUAGUGAUGUGUGAGGGUGUGUGUGUGACAUGGUUUUCACGAACGCAGAAGUGCGUUACGCUUUCCACCACGGAAGCAGAGUAUGUGGCAAUUGCCGACGUCUUGAAGGAAGUGUUGUUCUUAAGGCAGGUGUGGCGUUUUAUGUUGCCAGAUGCGGGUAUGCCGUGCAUCCCGGUGUUCGAGGAUAAUCAGGGAGCGAUUCAGAUUGCGCACAACCCGAUCACGAACUCCAACUCGAAGCGCAUCGAUGUACGGCAUCGCUUAAUCAGGGAGCUGGUAGAGAGAAAAGAGAUUUCAAUGACUCAUGUGCCGACGCAAUUUUGGCAUGCAGAUUUCUUGACAAAGGCUAUUAAUUAG